CCCCAGCCGGCAGGGGCUAGGCUGGGCGGCCGCGGCAGAGGGCGAAGCCGGCAGGAGGGGAGGCUGGGCGGCCGCGGCAGGCGGAGAAGCCGCAGGGCUGGUGGCGGCCGCGCCGGGGGCCGGGGCACCAGGGGGGCUCCGGCCCGGGGCUCCGCAGCGGGGCGGAUGGCUGCGGGCAGCAUCACCACCCUGCCCGCGCUGCCCGACGACGGGGGCAGCGGCACCUUCCCCCCGGGCCACUUCAAGGACCCCAAGCGGCUGUACUGCAAAAACGGGGGCUUCUUCCUGAGGAUCAACCCGGACGGCAGAGUGGACGGAGUCCGGGAGAAGAGCGACCCGCACAUCAAAUUGCAACUUCAGGCAGAAGAAAGAGGAGUGGUGUCAAUCAAAGGCGUAUGCGCAAAUCGUUUUCUGGCUAUGAAGGAAGACGGCAGAUUAUUGGCAUUGAAAUGUGUAACUGAAGAAUGUUUCUUUUUUGAGCGCUUGGAAUCAAACAACUACAACACUUACCGGUCACGGAAAUAUUCUGAUUGGUAUGUGGCACUGAAAAGAACUGGACAGUACAAACUUGGACCAAAAACUGGACCAGGGCAGAAAGCUAUCCUUUUUCUUCCAAUGUCUGCCAAGAGCUGACUUCAGUGGUAGAUUCUAUAGUCUGUGCCACAACACACUAAAGUGGUAGUUUCCUCCACUCCUUCCAAAAGUAGUAAAGUGUGAGCAAGUAUUUGAUAACUGCUUUUGCAGAUGUCUGAUUACUAAAUAUGUUUGUAUAAUAUAACCUUGAUGUUACUGUAUGUUUUGAAACAAUUGUGCCAGUGUCCAGAGGAAAAAGCACCAGGAAAAUGUAUAGAAAUUUCAAUAUCUGUGCUUCAUGUAUUUUCCUCUAGUUAGAGCUACUAUAUUAGCCUUAUGUUAGCCUUACAGUGUAAAGGAAACUUAAAAGAUGUGCACACAU